GCUAGCGGCUAACACAUAACGACUUUCACAGGUCGUCAAUAAGAUCUACUGGUGGUAGACUCCUUAACAGCUCGAAUUGUUCAUGCCUCAUCUGAGUCUCUCGGGCGUCUUACGCAAUGACGCGAGCGCAUUAGGAUUUUGAUCUGGGCGGUGUCAUUCUUUGGUGGUGUUCUUUUUCUGCACACUCGCAUUCUUUCAGGGCCGUCCAAAUGGCUUUCAACACCCUCUUCCGAAGAGCGUACUGGACUCUUGCGGCUUGUGGGCUGGUGUAUGCCUUGGUGAUCGGAGCCCUCACACAUCCCACUGUCCAGCGGAAUGCGACAUAUGCUCACAAUAUCAACCCGACCUAUUUCCAGGACCUGAACAAUACCGAGCAGUUUGGAUUCUUGUAUCAUCAAAUCCAGCCAUUCACGGUCACCACGCCAGACAAUGUCACUCUGUUCGCCUGGCAUAUAUUACCACUUCAUCUGUAUCGCGAACACGAACAAGAACUGAAGAGUCAGGCCAAUUUUGGGCUCAAGCCAUGGGACCAAGCCGUAAAUACCGAAGGCAUUCGGAUCCUACUGGACGACCCCAAUGCAACUGUCGUGGUAAGCUUUCAUGGGAAUGCUGCGCACAUCGCCUCAUCCUACCGUCCUCCCACGUAUCAGCAAAUCAUGAGCUCCUCGACGCCAGACAAGCCUGUUCAUGUGAUUGCCUUUGAUUAUCGUGGGUUCGGCCUGAGUACCGGGACCCCGACCGAGGAGGGCGUAAUUCAAGAUGGCAUCACGGUGUUGACAGCCGUUACAGGCCAAAGGUCUGAUGGAGACCAGAAGUCUGAAGGCGUGGAUCCGUGUCGAGUCAUCUUAGUUGGCCAGUCGAUGGGAACGUUCACUGCAACUGCUGCUUACCGCGACUGGGUACUGAAGCUUGGGCUGCCACCAUUCAAAGCACUGGUGCUCAUCGCCAGUUUCACCUCUCUGCCCGAGUUGUUGGAGACUUACUCUUUUAAAGGGCUAACACCUCCUUUAUUGUCGCCAUUGCUUCCCUAUCCCCGCCUACAGCAAUGGGUGCUCUCCAAGAUCGCGGACAAAUGGGAGACCACGAGAAGAUUGACGGAAUUAGCAAGCAAUCCAGACAUCGAGCUGAAACUGACAAUGAUGCACGCUCGAGACGACUGGGAAAUCCCGUGGCGUCAAGGUCGUGCCAGCUGGGACCGUGUGCUGGAUCGCGCAUCAAAUGGCAGCAUUGACUUCUCUCGCAAUCUUGACUACGAAGAGUGGAAGAGUGCUGAUGGUAAGAAGGAGCUCCGAUGGGAAAGGCUUCGACAUGGAGGACAUAACAGAAUCCCUACUAGCGAGCACGCUAAACUCGCUUUGUUGAAGUUGAUAGAGGGGGAGUGAUGGACUCCUGCGUCCAACACUUGCAACAGCAAGCUAAACGCAUGCAAGAUGAGAAGGAGCUCGGUGUCCACGGCCCAUGAUGGUCCCCAUUGCAAUGGAUGGUGAGGCCUCCUCCCCAUCUCCACAAGUGUCACUGGCGCCGGUUAUUUGCUUAGGCUGCACGGGGUAAAGGUGGGCUCAGAACCUGUGGAUCGUGGGAAUUAUUCGCAAGUCCUGAUGGUCUUUUCGUUUAUCGUUCUUCUAGACGGCCUGUCAUGACCUCUGUACGAAUAUAGAUACUUUAGGAUAGAUUCAUUGUAGAGUGCUAGUGGCAAUUCAAG